CCGCCCACCACGCCUGGGUAACGGCGCCGGGAGUCCGAGUGCGGCGCGCGGCCGGAGGAGGACAGAGAGACCUGGUCAAGAGUCCUGCAGUGUUUGGGAGGUGGCUAGUUGCAACUUUGAGUGGUUGCUGGACCCCUGCCCUCUGUCACCUGACUGUCACAGGUUGGGAUGGCCACCAGCUGGGGGAGCCUCUUCCAGGAUGAGCAGCAGCUGGAGGAGCUGGCCAGGCAGGCGGUGGACCGGGCCCUGGCCGAGGGAGUGUUGCUGAGGACCAAGCAGGAGCCUAGCUCUUCUGACGUGGUGAGCUAUGCCCCUUUCACACUCUUCCCCUCGCUGGUCCCCUGUGCCCUGCUGGAGCAGGCCUAUGCUGUGCAGAUGGACUUCAACCUGCUAGUGGAUGCUGUCAGCCAGAAUGCUGUCUUCCUGGAGCAGACUCUUUCCAGAGCAAGGACAGGCUCUUUAGCAGUUUGGGGCCAUCUGUGCUCUUUUUCCAGUGCCCUGGUGCUACUAAUUGCUCAAGAAAAGGAAAGGAACAUAUUUGACCAGCGCGCUAUAGAGAAUGAGCUGCUAGCCAGGAACAUUCACGUAAUACGGAGACGAUUUGAAGAUGUCUCAGAAAAGGGGUCCUUGGAUCAAGAUCGAAGGCUGUUUAUGGAUGGCCAGGAAGUAGCUGUGGUUUAUUUCCGAGAUGGUUACAUGCCAAGUCAAUACAGUCUACAGAACUGGGAAGCACGCCUACUGCUGGAAAGGUCAUGUGCUGUCAAGUGCCCAGACAUUGCUACUCAGCUGGCUGGGACUAAGAAGGUGCAGCAGGAACUGAGUAGGGCGGGCAUGUUGGAAAUGCUGCUCCCUGGCCAGUCUGAGGCCAUAGCCCGCCUUCGUGCCACCUUUGCUGGCCUCUAUUCACUGGACAUGGGUGAAGAAGGGGACCAGGCCAUUGCUGAGGCUCUCACUGCCCCUAGCCGAUUUGUGCUGAAACCCCAGAGAGAAGGUGGAGGAAACAACUUGUACGGGGAAGAAAUGGUGCAAGCCCUAGAGCGGCUGAAGGACAGUGAGGAGAGGGCUUCCUACAUCCUUAUGGAGAAGAUUGAACCCGAACCAUUUAGGAAUUGCCUGCUACGGCCUGGCAGCUCUGCCCGAGUAGUUCAGUGUAUUUCAGAGCUAGGCAUCUUUGGAGUCUAUGUCAGGCAGGGGAAAACACUUGUGAUGAACACACAUGCGGGCCAUCUGCUUCGAACCAAAGCCAUUGAACAUGCAGACGGUGGUGUGGCAGCAGGAGUAGCAGUCCUGGACAACCCAUACCCUGUGUGAGGGCAUAGCCUGGACUUCACUCAAGACAUCUUCUAAGCCCCUGUACUUGUCAUUCCUCUCCUAGCCCUUCUGAGUCUUCAGGGAAGGGUAAAUGGCAGUUGCCUUCUUUCCACCCUCCAUCUGAGGACCAGAGAGGCUACAUUUCCCUUUAGAUGAGCUCUGAAGGCCAUCAAACCCCUGAAGUAUGAAAAGGGAAGCUGCUCUGAGGUAAAGGGCUAUAAACCCUGCCAUCUUCCUGUGGGCCCCUCUUCAGCCUUUCCAGUAGGUUCCUGCCUAACUUGGGAAAAGACUAAAUGGUAGGAAGAGGCAGAUGGAAGGGUAUAGACUUUCCCUAGCUCUGCCUUAAAUAAAAUCACCUUGCUGA